AUGAGGUAGGGCCGACGGCGCCGUUAAGCGGAAGCCGUCGGCAGAAAACCGAACCCGGCUUGCGAAGGAGCAUCACUCCGUAAGCGAAGGAGCAUCACGAAGGGCAGCUGACAGCACGUGGAACCAAGAUCAGACCGAGAUCUGAUGAACUCUUUAUAUCUGUGUGUUUCUGUCCCAUCGUGUGGUGGAUGCAGAUCUGCUGUGAGGAUGUCGUCGUCUGCGAGCAGCCUGGCUGGCCGUGCGGUCGGUCUUUUUGAGGGCCGCAAUGUCUACGCCGACGGCGGCAGGGGGGUGUACAUCUUGGUGCAGGAGAUGGAGGGCGGGCUGGACGGCCGCAGAGAGCGGCGGUUUAUACGCAAGACCGACUACGGCAAGAUCAGCCUCUUCGACGACGUCAGCCUGGACUUGCGGCAGCUGGCCAGCAGGUAAAGUGUGCACUCGCCGAUGCGACGAUGCAUGUCAGCUCACAGGAAGAUCUCCCUGUCUGUGUGUCAGUGUGGGUGUGGCCAAUGGCAAUGGCGCCACACUGCGGCGUCAGGAUGUUUCAUCGCCAACCACAGCAGCCGGCCAGGGCGGCGGCGGUGAUGUGUUCACUCGGUCGCCGUCGGGUGUGUUUUAUCAAGUGAAGCGGCCGGGCAACGGACCCAAACCCACACGUCACCAGACCGUCGAGACCGACGUCAUCUGGUGGCGUGACGACUUCGACGGCCGUCCGAUGUCACAGUGCACACGAGGGCCAUCAUCACGACGACCAGGGUGGCGAAUCUUUGCAUCACUCGUGUGGCUGGUGUCACCUGUUGGUACGACAAACGCACAGAUCUGUCAGGUCUGAAGACAGGAAACCUUCAAGCCUCUCUGGGCUCACCUUUGGGGGGGGAGAGAGAGUCCCUCCCAUGCUAAGCUCGCAUUCCCCCGAUCGGCUUUUUGCAGCGUUCGUUCGUUCGUUCGUUCGUUGCAGCGCAAGGUGGGUCAGAGAGCCUCGGACGACAAGCAAAUAUGUAGAUCUGAGCCAGCAGCUUCACCAGUGUGUGUGCCUGUGUGGUGUUCGGGCAGGCAGCACCGUUCAUCUGACCGUCAUCCAUCCACAGCACCAGCCAAGCCCCGCGGACCGGCCAGCGGCGCACAGGUACGCAACCAAGAGCAAGCACUGACACAGCCAAGCAGCAGAAACAGACAGACUCACUCACCAAGUCAUUUGCUUCUUACACUCCCGGUGUGUGUGUGUGUGCAGGCGCAAUGAGUGACAGACUGGUGGACGUCGGUGUGCUGGAGUUCAGCCGCAACGUGCUGGAGGACCCUGCCCAGCCGGGCGAGUACUUCUACGAGCUCAACGCGUUGGUUCCCGACCGCCCCAAGAAGCGGAUCUAUCUGCCGCUGGACAUCUGCCGCACGAGCGUCAACUUCUACACCAAAGACAGGAAUGGCCGCGAAUCGCUGCUGCCGAAGGGAGUGCUGCCGAAUGAGACGUAGGUGCUGCACAGACACACAGACGGUGGGUUCUCAUUGGGGCUGUGUGUGUGUCAGUGUGGGUUUGACCAAUGGCAAUGGCGCUACACUGCGGCGUCAGGAGGUCUCAUCGCCAACCACAGCAAGUGGCCAGGGCGGCGGCGGUGAUGUGUUUAUUCGGCUGCCGUCGGGUGUGUUUUAUCAAGUGGUGCGGCAGGGCCGUGGGCCCAAACCGACCCGUGACCAGACCAUCAAGGUCGACUACAUCGGGUGGGCCGACGACUUCGACGGACAAGACAAAAUAUAUGAUCGCCGUGGGGGGGUGGAUCGUGUGUCUCAGUGCGCUGAGUGGUUCCAGGAGGUCUUCACUGACAUGCGUGUGGGUGAGGUGCGGCGGGUCAUAGCGCCGGCCGGAUUGAGUGCCACUGGGCAGGAGGAAUACAUCGAGUACAGGCUUUUGGCCAUCCUGUGAGCACUGCCUCCUGGUGUGUCCGCUGUGUGGGCGUUGGUGGCGGUGGCGCCAUCCAGCAGCGAUGUCUGAUUUUUGUAGCCAGCUGUUCGGUCGUGUACACCACUCUAUGGCCCUGCUGCUGCAUCGGUGUGUCUACCUUGGC